UAACGUCCAGUGGCGGCCUUAGGGGGUGGCGAACAGGGCGAUCGCCCGGGGCCUCGCUCCUACAAGGGCCUCGCGCAACAACCCAGGCAAAUUUUAAAUUUUUUUUGUUUUUUAACUAUUUUAAUUUAUUUAAAAAUUUGAAUUUGAUCCUUAAUUACUUAUUAAGGUUAUACAUAACCGUAAAUUAAAAUUAAGUUAGUUAACUAAUUCAUUCAUUCAAAACAUAAUUGAAAAAUUCAUUAUGUACACCACUAAAAACGUUUUAAAAUCGAGACAAUGUUAAUCAAAUGGGUGACGUCAUAUUAAAACGAUUUUAAUGUUUUAAAAUAAGACGCUAAAAUUUACAGUGCACUGAGAGAUUUUUUUAAAUUGAACAAGAAAGGCAACGUUGGAGAGAUAUUUUAGAACGGUUGCUCGCAAUUAUAAAUUUUUUAGCAUCUCACAAUUUGGCCUUCAGGGGUCAUAGAGAGAAGUUAACAACUGACUCAGAUUCGAGUGAAACAAGUGGCAACUUUAUGGAUUUAGUAAAGUUAAUAGCCCGAUUUGAUCCCGUGCUGAGACUUCACCUAAAAGAAGUAAAGGAUAAGACGAUUAAUGACCACUAUAUCGGAAAAAGUAUUCAAAAUGAGCUCAUACAAAUAAUGGCAAGUCACGUGAAGACUCAAAUUGUUGAAAAAAUAGUAAAUAAUAAAUAGUACUCGAUUAUUCUUGAUUGUACUCGCGACGUUUCUCGUGUUGAGCAACUUUCAAUUAUUAUAAGAUUUUUUAAUACAAAUACAGCUGAAAUUGAAGAACAUUUUAUUGGCUUCUUAGCCGUCGAAAAAACCACAGCUGAGAGUUUGACUAAUUAUAUAAUCACAGAAUUAGAACAGUUAGGUAUAUCAUUGCAAAAUUGCAGAGGCCAAGGAUAUGAUAAUGGUGCCAAUAUGCGUGGUGAAAAAAGUGGUGUCCAAAAACGUAUUCUUGAAAUUAAUCCACUUGCUUAUUUUUCACCUUGUGGAAGUCAUAGCUGGAAUCUCAUCCAAGGAGAUGCAGCAUCGUCUUCUGUCCAAGCAAAAUCUUUUUUUGGUUUGCUACAAAGGUUGUACACUCUGUUUGCCGGCUCAAGUCAGAGGUGGGCUAUUUUAAAUGCUCAUGUAAAAUCAUUGUCGCUAAAACUACUUUCUGAAACUAGAUGGGAGUGCAGGGUAGCAUCGGUGAAGGCCGUUAAAUACCAACUAAGUGAUAUAUGUGAUGCUUUAAAGGAUUUAGCAGAAAACACAACAGAUUGUCAGUUGGUCAGUGAAUGUCAUUCUAUAGAAAAGGAACUAACUACCUACGAAUUUGUAGUUGCACUUGUCAUAUGGUAUGACAUUCUUACAAAGAUAAAUGUUAUAAGUAAAAUGUGGAAAAGCGAAAACAUGCACUUAGAUGUGGCUAUACAACACCUAGACGCAUUCACAAAUUGGCUCGAUAAUUAUCGAGAAAAUGGUUUUCAGUCAUCCCUUGUAACAGCAAGAGAAAUAGCCGAGAAAAAUGAUAUUGACAGACAGUUCAAAGAAGUUAGAAGACGACGUAAAAAAGGCAUUUUGAUUAUGAAGGGGAAGAUGAAGCUAAUGAAUUGAAAGCGGAAGAAAUUUUCAAAAUAAACUAUUUUUAUGUCAUUGUCGACAAUGUGCGCGUAAGCUGUUAUCCUAGGUUUGAGGCUCUUAAACAUCAUGAGAGCAUAUUUGGUUUCAUGCAUAAUAUAAAAAAAUUAAAGGAAAUUAAUGAUAGUGAACUUUUAAAGCAAUGCAGCGACUUGCAAAUAUCUAUGAUAGGAGAAUCAUGUGACAUUGAUGGACAUGAAUUGUACGAAGAACUGAAUAUGUUCAUCCGUGUGUAUGAAGGAAACGAUGACAUUAUCUCGGUGCUAAAAUACAUAAAAGAAAAAAAAAUAACUGAAGUUUACCCCACUAUCGAAAUAGUCCUGAGAAUUAUUGCUACCACACCUGUUACAGUUGCGUCUGCUGAAACUAGUUUUUCGAGGCUUAAAAUUAUUAAAACAUAUUUGAGGAAUUCAAUGACACAAGAUCGGCUUUCAGCCCUCGCUAUUCUUUCAAUCGAAAAUGACGUAGCUUAUUCAUUAGAUUAUUGUGCUUUAAUUAAAGUUCUAGUCUUAGGAAAAGCCGCAAACGUCAAUUUUAAAAAUUUAUCAUCUCUGUAUUUGUUAAUUUUGUGAAUCUUUCAAUGUAAAAUAUUUUAAAAUUCAAAUUUGAUUUAUUUGUAUAUUUUUUGCAUUUUUCCUUAAACAUGACAAAUACCUAAACCAAACAACCAGACCUACUUUCGCAUCACAUACUUUUCACGAAGGACAAAGGACCUCGCCGCCGGGUAAGGCCGCCUCUGAUAACGUCAUCGUUUAUAACGACAAUUAGCAAGUCCCCAGCAGAAAUUCUGUAUAAAUCCUAAAGUAAACAAACCGCCUAUAACAACACCGGAUAUAGCGAAAUACCGCUUAUAACGACUUAUAGCCAAUGAAUAUUGAUAAAGUUUAUAUUGAUAUUCAUCGGAUACA